UCCCCGCCCCCCCCCGGUCUCGCCGCCGCUGAAGGGAGCCGGGUGCCGCGCACCCUGCCCUCAUCCUGGCCGGCGACAGUAAGAUCGGACCCGCAUCCAGACCAACCUCCCUGUCGAGGCGGCUGCGGCGCGGGCUCCGCGAGGCGCAGGCGGGCGGCCCGGGCGCCUGAAGGUUACCGAGUGCAUGAGCGCCUAGCCUCCCGCGCUGCCCCGCCCGCCGGCCCGCCGGCCCGCCCGCCGGCUCGCCCGCCAGCCCCUCGGCGCCCGGCGGCGGCGGCGGCGGCGGCGACGGCCGCAGGAGGCGCCGUCUCCCUCCCAGGUGCGCGCUUCGCUCCCGGAGCCGCGGAAUUCGGCGGCCGCCAUGGCGUCCAACAUGGACCGGGAGAUGAUCCUGGCGGAUUUUCAGGCGUGUACUGGCAUUGAAAACAUUGAUGAAGCUAUUACAUUGCUUGAACAAAAUAAUUGGGACUUAGUGGCAGCUAUCAAUGGUGUAAUACCCCAGGAAAAUGGCAUUCUACAAAGUGACUAUGGAGGUGAGACUCUACCAGGACCUGCAUUUGAUCCAGCAAGUCGCCCAGCUCCAGCUCCUGCUUCCUCUUCCUCUUCCGCAUUUCGACCUAUAAUGCCAUCUAGGCAAAUUGUAGAAAGGCAACCUCGGAUGCUGGACUUCAGAGUUGAGUACAGAGACAGAAAUGUUGAUGUGGUACUUGAAGACAGCUGUACUGUUGGAGAGAUUAAACAGAUUCUAGAAAAUGAACUUCAAAUACCUGUGUCUAAAAUGCUGUUAAAAGGCUGGAAGACUGGAGAUGUGGAAGACAGUACGGUCUUAAAAUCACUACACUUGCCAAAAAACAACAGUCUUUAUGUCCUUACACCAGACUUACCACCACCUUCAUCAUCUAGUCAUGCUGGUGCCCUGCAGGAGUCAUUAAAUCAAAACUUCAUGCUGAUCAUCACCCACCGAGAAGUCCAGCGGGAGUACAACCUGAACUUCUCAGGAAGCAGUACCAUUCAAGAGGUAAAAAGAAAUGUGUAUGACCUCACAAGCAUCCCUGUUCGCCAUCAAUUAUGGGAGGGCUGGCCGACUACUGCCACAGAUGACUCAGUCUACUUAAUGUCUGGCUUAAUAGAAGACAACUGGAUUCUCAUAUCUUCUCCAUUCAGCCUGUUGUUAUAUAUUGUUUCAGUUGAAGUAUAUGAAGAAAAUCUGGCCUCACACAGAUCUGUUGUUGGAAAAGGGAGGAAUAUUUUAGUCUUUUCAGAUAAUUGUGGAUAUUCUUCUUUGAUACAAAACCAGAACUUGAUGAGUGAUAGUUUUCUAAAGAUGUGUCUAGCUGAAUCAGGGCUCUCUUACCCCUGCCAUCGACUUACAGUGGGAAGAAGAUCUUCACCUGCACAGGCCCGGGAGCAGUCUGAAGAGCAAAGCACCGAUGUUCAUAUGGUUAGUGAUAGUGAAGGAGAUGACUUUGAAGAUGCUUCUGAAUUUGGGGUGGAUGAUGGAGAAGUUUUCGGCAUGGCAUCUUCUGCUCUCAGAAAAUCUCCAAUGAUGCCAGAAAAUGCAGAAAAUGAAGACGAAGCCUUAUUACAAUUUGCAGCAGAGUUUUCUUCAAGAUAUGGUGACUGCCAUCCUGUAUUUUUUAUUGGCUCAUUAGAAGCUGCUUUUCAAGAGGCCUUCUAUGUGAAAGCCCGAGAUAGAAAGCUUCUUGCUAUCUACCUCCACCAUGAUGAAAGUGUAUUAACCAACGUGUUCUGCUCACAAAUGCUUUGUGCUGAAUCUAUUGUCUCUUAUCUGAGUCAAAAUUUUAUAACCUGGGCUUGGGAUCUGACAAAGGACGCCAACAGAGCAAGAUUUCUGACAAUGUGCAAUAGACACUUUGGCAGUGUUGUUGCACAGACCAUUCGGACUCAAAAAACAGAUCAGUUUCCACUUUUUCUGAUUAUUAUGGGAAAGCGAUCUUCUAAUGAAGUAUUAAAUGUGAUACAAGGUAACACAACAGUGGAUGAGUUAAUGAUGAGACUCAUGGCAGCAAUGGAGAUCUUCACAGCCCAACAACAGGAAGAUAUAAAGGAUGAGGACGAACGUGAAGCCAGAGAAAAUGUGAAGAGAGAGCAAGAUGAGGCCUAUCGCCUUUCACUUGAGGCUGACAGAGCAAAGAGAGAAGCUCAUGAGAGAGAGAUGGCAGAACAGUUUCGUUUGGAGCAGAUUCGCAAAGAACAAGAAGAGGAACGUGAGGCCAUCCGGCUCUCGUUAGAGCAGGCCCUGCCUCCAGAGCCAAAGGAAGAAAAUGCUGAGCCCGUGAGCAAACUGCGGAUCCGGACCCCCAGUGGCGAGUUCCUCGAGCGGCGUUUCCUGGCCAGCAAUAAGCUCCAGAUUGUCUUUGAUUUUGUAGCUUCCAAAGGAUUUCCAUGGGAUGAGUUCAAGUUACUGAGUACCUUUCCUAGGAGAGACGGUAAAAAUGUGGACCAUGCAAAGUUGCUGUUGUAAAGAAGCAGAGGAACUGAGAAGUGACGUGCAGAGGGUUCUUGGGCCUGCUGCCUGCCUGCCUUGAGCUCUGCUGACUAAGCAUGGAGCCUUUUCAGUGCAGACUGUGUUACGUGUCAGUAUGGAUGAGCCCUAAAUGGAGGGGCAAUCAUUUAGUCUUAGAGAAAAUUUACUCUUGAUUUAGAGUGCAAUCAUUCGCCCUUUGUUUUAUACUGCUGAAGAACACUAUUAAAUCUGGUUAAUAAUCUCUUCUCCCAAUGUCCCUUCCACACCUGACCCCAUUUCUACCUCCAAAGUCCAGUUUAGACCAAGUUUGGCCCAGUUCUCCAGAGAAAAAGUCUAACCAGAGGUUUGCUCCUAUAGGAGAAAUCAAGAGCUUCCCAAUAUCCAUCACAGGUCCAUUUUAUGGUGCUUGGUCAACCUGAAAUUAUCUGCCACAAAGUGAUUUUUCUAAAACCCCACUCUGAUCAUUCCCUUUCUUGUUAAAAAAAAACUCUUUAGUAGCCCCCUACUGCCCUAGGAUAAGUACAGGCCCCUAGAAUGUUUUCAAAAACUUCACAGUCUGUUCCAUACCUACCUUUCCUGCCUUAAGUCUUGCCUCUCAUUACUUAUUUCCAUCACCACGAGAUAUGAAAUUGCUCUCUAUUCACUAAAGACACAAGACACUCUCAUGCCUCUGUGCCCUGUUCUCUCUUCCUUGAAUAGCCACCCUCCCCACUUUUCCUGGCCGGUUUGAACUCAUCUUUUAAUGCCCAGCUCAAAUGUCAUCCCCUCUGGGAAACCCUCCCUUCUCCCAAGCUCCUCACCCAUGUACCCAUUGCAGUUUGUACAUUCUUCCCUCAUAGCAUUUGUCCUAUUCUAUAAUUAUUUACAGAGACCGUCCAUAUAAUGUUCAUGUCUAUCUCCCCUGAAGUUCCCAGCAUGGUGCCUCACAUAUAAGCAUUCAGUUACUGUUGUUGAAUGUCAGUGACCUCAGGUCUGAUCCUAAAUCUCUGAUUCCAGAGUGAACUAGAGAGGCUGUUCCAAAUGAGAACAGAUGCCCUAGGCCCACCCAGAUUCCAGACCUAGACCUAAACCCAGAAAGCCCACCCAGGACUCUUUAGACCUCCUAGAGCCAGGGGUGGGGUGAGAGUUAAUGGCCCUUCAUCCUUCUCUGAAUGCUCUUUCAAGUCGAAUGACUAAUGUUUUUGCAAGGCUAGAAUAGCCUUAUUCUGUAACAGCCAUCUGUGUCUGCAAGGAUUAGGAUCUAAUUUGUAAAAGUCAUCUUAAAUUACAGCCAAACUAAAGACUGUUAAAAAGCACAUCUUAAGACCUCGCCUCUUUAAUAACAAAUAACAUAAGACUUAACUCUAGGAGUCUUAAUUGUGUCUUCAGCCUUUUCUCCACAAAGCAGAGACUGGUUAAACGUUCUUCUGUGCCCCCGCACCCCAACCAAAACAAUACUUCGUGUUAAGAUUUCCCAGCUGUCCAACUAUUUACUGAAUGUCUGGUAGGUAUACCACUGGACUAAGCACUGUGGGACAACCAAAAUAGCGGCACUCACAGGUCUUCUUCAGGAAAGCUGAUUGUCAAGAUGCUGGGAACAUUCAGUUAUUUGUUCGUUUUUGUUAUUUUGUUCUCUAUUUUGCUAAUAACUGUUACCAAGAGAAGUUGUAUUCACUUCCAUAGCUUUGGCCAUUAAGCUCUACCUCUUGGAUAUGUUAGAGCCAUGAGAACAGUGGCCCAUUUGCCUUACUUCGGCAUUGCGAGUUGGUAGUAAGGUGGUUGAGUCCUGAAAGCUGAGGAAUGACACUGAUCCCCACUACUACUCACCCUGCCUCAGAGUCAGAGGGAGGGCCUGCCAGCCCCCUGCUUCCCCUCUGGACCUACAGUGGCCCAGCGCUGCUCAGUGUGAGAUUGUCAGUAUCCCCCAAUCUUCCUCUUCCCUUUUCUCUCCUCCUCCUUUCCCACUCCUCCCCUCUUCUUUCUAAUCCUAUUUUACCCUUUUAUCCUCUCCCCCUUCUUUCCAUUCUUCCCUGCUCCUCAUUUUUUUUUUUUCCCCUUUUUCUCCCCAAACCCCCAGUAGAUAGUUGUAUGUCAUAGUUGC